AUGAUUGCCUUGAGCCAGCCUGCGACGAGGAUGCAUAGACGGCACUGCAUUGGCCGCUUUAGGAAACCGAGCCAACUAGCGCCGCAAGCAAGGUUCUUCUCCCGACGAUCUAACAAGCGUAAGCAAAACAUGUCGGCCCCGAGCCGCGACGAAACCAUCGCGGUACCCGAGCCCGAGCCCGAGUCCGAUGCACCCAAACGCCCAGAGCGCACCCCACAGUUCUCCGACUACAUCCGCGUUUUUGGCUACGCCACGAAAUGGGACUUUGUCAUAUACGCCGCGGCGUCGAUCGCCUCGAUAGGCGCCGGCGUGACGCUUCCACUCAUGAACGUCAUCUUCGGCCAGCUCGUCAAUGAUUUCGCCAAGUUCUUCCAGGCAGACGUCGCCAUGACCCCCAAGACCUAUAUGCCAUCAUCGACAGGCAAGCCCUAUACAUCUUGGCGCUCUUCCUCGGGCGUUGGGCCCUGA